AUGCAUUCGAUACCGAAAGCUCUUUUCGGGUUUGUUCUCCUCAUUCUAUGCUUGCAUGUAUCAUCCGACGAGUCGAUCAGUCCGGAGCCACAGGAGUCUAAAGGUAACCCGGACACAAAGUUGGAUAAAACAGACGAGGAUGAGGAGGAACAAGAUGAAGAUGAUGAUGUGCUAGACAAUAUUCAACAACUGGGGAUGUUUGCGCUGGAGCAACUGAAAUCACUCGGUGAAGCCUACAUGAAAGGGGAUCAAUCAAAGGGUCUCAAACAAACCGUGGCGGAGGGAGCCAAAUUUCUGCGGGGUCUACUUGAUAUCGAGGCUGAGGCCACCAUAGCCCAGGCUCGAUUGGACCACUACCUGCAUCUGCUGCGGUUGCAUAUGGAUCUUGUUUGA